AUGGCCAGGAACUGCACUACCAUCCGAGCUCAGCCCUCCAAAGAGUCCCCCACUAUGGUCAUGUACCUCACCACCUGCGAAAUUACAACUCCAUGCACUGAGACGCACGACGUAGUUCCUUGGCGGCUCAGGAGGGCGGCCACGUCGGAUCGGUUUAGCCACGGCCGAUUUGACCAGGAUGAUGGAGCAUGGUGGCUCGUCCUCCGCCGCGCUGUGCAGAGUCACCAGGGUGACAAGUUUGCGAUCAACAAGGUCCAGGGCUGGGAGCAGAAGGUUCGGGAAUAA